AUGGCACCGGCAGAAGUCUCCAACGAGAUGGAUAGAGAAUGUGUGAUCUGUCUAUCCUCACUUGGUUCUAAUCCUCAUGAGAAUGAAGACUGCCGAACAUGCGAGAUAAUGGUUUGUUCGACCGCCUCAAUUCCAUCUUGUGGUCAUCAAAACUUCCACUAUUGUUGUUUGAAAGAAUGGAAGGAUAACAACAACCACACAUGUCCUUGCUGUAGGGGACCUUUCUUGGUUAUCAAGCGCGUGCUUCGUCUUGGUGCGCGUCGCUUGACGGGCCUCUUUCCACCAAGUUCGGCCACUUUCCAACAGGAUCGCUCUUUGUAUGUAUAUUUUAUGGGCCGAGAUAUUGAACGCUCAAAAAUAUACAUCUAUCGACUACUAUCUCAUCCUAUCAGUGGCGGUUUCCAUAGAGUCACCCCUCAACAGAUCGCCGGUAGCGACGUCUUGCAGCGUCGAGUCCGUGAUUUUACAAUCCGCGAGUUUCAUUUGGCAUUUGUGCCUUUGCCUCUAGACAUUGCCACGGGAGAGGAGAUAACUUGCGAAGAUAUCACCACCUUUGUUGUAAAUCUUCUACAGAUAUACGAUCUCCGAGAGAAUGUGAAUGAGCUCAAAGAACAAGUGGCAUUUCUUUUUCACAAGAGGUACCGUGGAGAAACAUUCUUGCAUGAGUUGAGAGCGUGGAUGGAAAGCGGACAUGACACUUUAGACCUAUGGGAUCAAGACACCGGGUACACUGCGCCUACUAUCGUGCCUUAUAGACUCAGACCUUUCAUGUCACAACGAGGUGUUCCAUUCACGCCAGUCUAUCAGUCAUAUUUCCCCCCAAACAUUUGA